UCUUUUUCCGCACACUCUAUUGGGUUGGGUUUAUACUGAUCAGCUGUCAGAGUUUUGUCACUUCAGCCACCAGCAGCAGUGAUACAGACAGGAUGGCACAAGCAGAGUGGACACGUAUCUUCCAGAAUAAAGUAGAUGAUCUUAAUAAAGGAGACUACUGGCGUUUGCAGUUUGAUGACCGUAUUGUUCCCAAUAGCCCAAACCAGGGCUGGAAGCAGUACAUCAGGAACACAGGUGCAAGGUUCAGAUGCACCAGGUGCGGAAGAAGCUGGCCAUCCAAUAAAGCGAUGGUGGUCUUUCACAUGCAGCUGAUAGGAGGACAGGGCACUGUCAAGAUGAGGCGCAUGCGUCAGAACUGCAAGAAGUGCAGUGCAGCUCCAAUGGAGAUUCCCAGCAUCACCUCUGAGAACAUCGACAUCCUCCUUGAGAAUCUGGUGGAGAAGAUAAGAGAAAAAUGCUACCAUGAAGACCUGGGCAGAGGGAACAAACCUUUUGUAAACCUGGAAGUGAAAAGUCCCCAUGAGCCAGCUCAUUGUGAGGCUUGUAUUCAAGGAAUCUGUACAAGAGGUUCAACAUCUCUUGCUUCAGCCUUUUUAAAUUUAAGAAUAUGAUAUUUAUCUCAGGCUGCCUUGUAUCUAUUCAUAUAUAUAUAUAUAAUUACAAGUUUAAAUGAGGUUUUAUGCUUAAAUUUAGUUUAGCAACACAUCAAUAGUAUAAAACUGGUCUGCUUAAAUGAAUUAAACAUGCAUUCUUACAAACAAACUGAACAGUAAAACAGUAAAAGAUAAAUAAAGAUUAUUCAUGCAUUUAAUGAA